UGGAUCACCAACGACGAUGAUGCACCGGACAACAACAGACGGUUCAACUGGUUUGGGAAAAACAGCGUAUUAUAUUUGUAUUAUCGGGGGUGGGGUGUUUUAAAAGAGGCGGUAUGUACCACUUAUGAUAUUUUGAGUUCCAUUGUUAAAGCGAUAAGUAAGUAAAUACACGGAAACAACAGCCGGAGUAUUGUCACGUGUCUGCAGCGCCUUCUCACGUCACUCUUUGUAGCGCACGGACAGCACUCAAGCAGCAGAUACCAGCGCAUGCGCAAUCCAUUGUUUUGACUGAAAAUGCCGUCGGUUUCGAAAACGGCGGCCAAUGCGUCUCCUCAAACCGAGAAACCUACCCACUACACAUACUUGAAAGAGUUUAGGACGGAGCAGUGCCCGUUGUUUCUCCAGCAUAAGUGCACACAGCAUCGACCUUUUACUUGCUUUCACUGGCAUUUUCUCAACCAACGGAGGAGAAGACCCAUCAGAAGAAGAGACGGAACUUUUAACUACAGUCCGGACGUUUAUUGCACCAAAUACGACGAGACAACAGGCAUUUGUCCGGAUGGAGACGACUGUCCCUAUUUGCACCGCACCACUGGUGACACGGAGCGCAAGUACCAUCUACGCUAUUACAAGACGGGCACUUGUAUCCAUGAAACAGAUGCCAGAGGGCAUUGUGUGAAGAAUGGCCUGCACUGUGCUUUUGCUCACGGUCCACAUGAUCUCCGACCUCCAGUCUAUGAUAUCAGAGAGAUUCAAGCACAAGAAGCUCUACAAAACGGACAGUUGGGGUCAGGGGAAGGUAUUCCAGAUCUACAACCUGGUGUCCUUGCUAGCCAAGCCAUGAUUGAGAAGACACUCACAGAAGACCCGCGGUGGCAAGAUACCAAUUUUGUUUUAGCCAAUUACAAAACAGACCAGUGUACCAAGCCCCCCAGACUAUGCAGACAGGGCUACGCUUGUCCACACUACCAUAACAGUAGAGACAGAAGGAGAAAUCCACGGAAGUUCAAGUACAGGUCAACACCAUGUCCUAAUGUGAAGCAUGGAGACGAGUGGGGAGAGCCAUCCAAGUGUGACAGUGGGGACAGUUGUCAGUAUUGUCACUCACGAACUGAACAGCAGUUUCAUCCAGAGAUCUACAAGUCCACCAAAUGCAACGAUAUGAGGCAGACUGGUUACUGUCCCAGAGGGCCGUUCUGCGCUUUUGCUCAUGUAGAAAGAAUUCCCUCGAAUGAAGAGACCAUGAGCUCCAUCUUGUCAGCGAUACAGUCAAGUACACAGUCCCAGCUUGGUUCCCAGCAGUAUUCUGAGUGUCCAGUCAGCGAGUGGAGCAGUGGCUGUAACUCCACCACCAUUGCAACCAGUAGCAAUGGCCAAGUAGGAAGUGUUUCAUGUUCUAAUAGCUCCACUGUUACGCCGAGCUCAGGAAGCGACAGUUUGAUAUCCCCAGUGGGGUCCAGCAGCAGGCACAAAUCCUUUACUAGUAGUAGUUUAUGUUCAGAGUCAGCCACUUCCAGUGUCUCAUCUCUGCUGACUAACUACCCCAAAGCUCCGGGGUUUGAACGUGAGGACCAGAUCAAGAACAAGGGGCACAUGGAUCACAAGUUAAUGGACCAAGAAAAACAGGCACAAAAUACUGUAUUCUCGGCGGUGAACCCUCUGGCUUCGAGCUUUACCUCCAGCAUAACAUCCAGUUUAGCAUCUAGUAUUGGCUCAGAGAGUUCUUCACCCACCACCUUAUCAACCAUGAAUGCAAAAGCCACUCCUUUCUAUCCUGGGAGCAACACAGUGGAGUCAGUCAUUGGGUCAGCACUGGAUCUUAACUUUAGUGAUAUCAACGUUGCUUCUCUUGAGAAGGACUUGGAGGAGCAGGAAGCCAAUUUGGGAUUGACAAGUCAGAGGGUGCUCGGAGGUUCCGCUCCAGUCAACAUUCCCGGCUCGCUGGCCCGAUCCUCGUCCUUCAAUUCCUCCUCUUCGCUGUCCACCUCCCCACUCAGCUCCCUCUCCCAGUCCCUGUCUCAGUCGCUUCUGUCGGCGGCGACUACACAGCAAAACCAACCCUCAAGUAUGAUGGCCAAGCAAGAGCACGGCCUCCUGGGAACGCCCACAUCCUCGUCCCAAAACUCCCUGGGCUUGAAUGGAGGCGCCAGCAGCAUCUGGGACUUCGUCAGUGGCAACUUUUCGCCGAGUCCAUCUCCAGUGUUCAGCAGCCUCACCAGCUCCUCCACCAGCACAGACGUCGCUCGGCUGUUCAGAGAACUGGAUGAGGCCAAGAGAAAGAUUAAACAGUGGGAGGACGCGUGGCACCAGGUGAAACAGGCCUGUGAAGCUUGCCAGAAAGAUGCUCUGGAAGCGAAGGAACAAGCGAAGGUGGCAGAGGCAGAGCGGCAGCUAGCAGAGCAGAAAUGGGAGGAAACAGAGCGCCGGCUUAAAGAGCUACAAGGGGACUUUGAUGCGCUUUGCCGCACCACAGGAACGCCUCUUCUUCGUAGCUACGGAGAGCUGGACCAACUGCCCUUGUCAAAGCUUCACUCUAUUCAAAGUCAGCUGCGUAGUGACCUAGACCUUAUAGACGGGGUAAUUUAUCAGCUUCGGUCAAAGACUUGUGUAGUUUGCCAAAAGCGUGAUCGUUGCGUUGUUCUGCAGCCUUGCCAACAUUAUGUACUCUGUGAGAACUGUGCACCUAGUCGAAGCGAAUGUCCCUAUUGCCGAGCAAAACUAUCAACUUCUUUCGGUACUGUUUAAACAGUUGACUUCACAUGGAUAAUUCCACAGGUGGCUGAUGUAAUACAAAGCACUAUGAUGGAUGUUGUCAGUUUUUACUCGCCCAAAUUACUCAAGUGGGCCAAAGUUAUUAUACCCAUGAUAUAAAUAUGUUAUAACAAGAGAUUUCUGAGCAUUUAAACACGCCAGUGGUUAACUUUAAAAAUCCAUUCUUUUAUGCACUUAUAAUUCAAGCGCUUAAUAUAGUUUUUUUGAAUUAAUAAACACUUCAUAUCCGGCUGAACUGUCUUGCUCACCACCUACGAGUCGAGGGGUUUCGAAGGCAUCAGUAUACUGGUCUUAACCUGAAGGAUUCACUGACUGAGGAGUCAUUUUUAACCGGGUAUUUAUUUACAAGGCAGUGCCGAGGAAAUUCUUCACCUUAAGCCAGAUGUCAAUAAAUAACUCAAGCAUAGCAAAUGACAGAGCAAAACUUGGAAAAUCCACCUUUUAUAAAACAAAGGGCAAAAGUUUGUGUCGAUGCUUUUGUGGAGUUUACCAACAGGAGCUUUACAAAGCAAAAAAAAAAAUGGAUUCGAUUUUUCCGAAUUAGACCCGUCAGGCGUCUAACUAGUAACCUUCAAUUAAAGCACUUUUUUUUUUGACUGUUUAAUUUUUAUUCUUGCUUCAAGCUGCUUUGUAGCGUUUUCUUUAGUGUUUUCUAUACCGUUCUUUCCCCCCUAUAUAUAUAUACAUAUAUAUAUAUAUAUAUAAGCUAAAGCUUUUUUGUUGUCUACUGUGAAACCUCAAAUUCCGAAGUUCCUAAUUCAUGGCAUGUUUCUACAUAUUAAGAUUUAUUAGACGAAACAGAAGUAUUUAAUAGUUUCUACUUUCAUAUUUAGAUUUAUAAAAGGUUUCAAUCAUGUAAGUGCAAAUUUAAGGUGCAUUUUUAGGCAUAACCAGCAUCAGUUAGGCACAUGUUAAGGCUGUUAUUCAAUCACUUAGUGUUGUUUUGUAGAGAUUUCUAGAGCUUAGAGAAGCAUGUGUUUUAUUUACUAAAAGCCUGAAAUGAUGGUAUUUGAAAGUUUUUUUUUUGUAGUAGUAGUUGUAGUAAUCUAGCCUCUUGUCUAGAAACAUAUCGGCCUCUAACUCUAAAGUGCCUUAGUUGAUAAAGGUCAUAUGUAUCAUGAUAAUGGAGGGGAAAAAAAACAACUGUCCAAUCUCGUGCACAGGUUUAUAUAAAAAUCAAGAUGUGUGGUUAAUGUAUGUGUAUAUAGAAUAAAACGGUGUGUUUAGCAGAAGUGGGUAGAUAUCGGUGCCUGUGUCCCACGUGAGAAUCGAACCUCCCACUCAUUCCUUGGCCGUGGUGCUCUCUCAGUGCAGCUUCUGUCUUUUAUUUGAGAGUAUGCAAAUAUAGGACACAUGCAUUUGUAUAGCAAUUUGAUAAAUGGUUUUUUUUUUGUUUUAAGCAACAUUUAACUGUAAAAAUAAAUAAAUAAAAUAAUAAAAGGUAUUUGCAGUAAAUGAAGAAUCCUCUCGAGAUGGUUAGGUUCAAUUUUUAAAAAAUGACCUUCUACUGUGUUCAAAAGUCUUGCUUCAGAUACAGCUAGAAACGUGUAUGGCGACUUUUGCUUCUUAUAUAAAAUGGGGGAAACGCGUUGUUUACAUUCAUAAACCAGAGGUUUGGCGGAGGUAGUUUUGACAGUCAUACAUUAAGAGUCUUCUGGUGUUGCAUGUGGUGCGGUAUCAUAAUAACCAGCUACAAAAAUAAGAAAAAAAAAAAGUGUGACACUGCCAGAAUAUUUGUAUCGAUUUAUUUCUAGUGUAGUUAAAAAAAAAGGCUUAUUAAAAUUGUGCAAGCUUCGCUGCUAUCAGACAAAGUUGUUAAUGUACUUACUCGUAGUUUCUAGAUGUUUGAAUGUCGUCAUCGAUUCAUUUGUGGUUGGUUUUGGAUUCUUCUAGAAUGAUGUCAGACAUUUUCCUUUCCACGAGCUCAUUUCGCGGGGUGCUUUGGUCGGUCCCGCCUGGAAGAUAAGAGUCAAAUUUGAACCAAAGUGCAGUGUGAUUUCUAAUAACAAUCCAGGCGGGCAGCAUUGGAUUCUUGGUUAUAACUCCAAGCAAUAACUGAGACCAAUAAAAAGCUACAUGUAUUCAUAUAAUUCGCUGUUUUUAGGUUCAAUUUUAAGAGUAACAAAACACCCCGAGUUUCACAGUUUUACCAAAGACCAGUCGUUGUUUUCCUCUGCAUCAUCCUUUUCUUGAGUUCAGUAGUCUAACUGAUAUCACCUAGUACCUUAAACCGAUCAAAAGUCAUUCUUUUUUGUUCCGUGUGAGCCAGCUAUAGCGAGCGGAUCGACUAAAUGCAUGAGUCCGACCUUUGUACAUUCGUGUUGAGUAUAAACCCCGACGAUGGAUCUGUGUCAGUUGAAAUUGUCGUCGACAGUGAAGGCAUUUGUGUUUCUGAAGUGGCCAUAUUUAAACUGAAGGGAGUGAGGGGGGGGGGCGCUUGACAACAAGUCAGCUCUUCACAUGGAUUUAUUUUAUAGCACAAACAAAGAGAGAGCCUCGGUAGUAUUGUUGUCGUUGGAUGCAGCUCAGAAGUUGACCCUAAGAAGCUUCACUUAAAAUGUAUGACAUGCGACCUGGCUGCCAUCGAACCUGAAGCCUCACCAAUGUUUUAAAAUCCAUUUUAAGAUGAAGGCUUGUUGUUCAUUAGCGCCCAAUUCUCUUCACCUCUAAUUUUAUUUUUGCUUAAAGGCAUAUUCUCAAUGACAGUGGAAGCAAAAUGGUUAUGCAUUUUAACCUACAGUGACUGUACGGUGCUUUCUUUUCUUUGUAAAAGCUGUGGUCCAAUUCUUCUUUUCCUUUUCUUAAAUAUAUAUAACUGGACAGACAAUGAUUGUGACAAGCGUCGACGGCAGAUACAGACACUUUGUCUUAAAACAAAACCUUUUUUUGGAGGGCGGGGGGGGAGAAAAAAAAUCUAAAAAUUAGUUGAAUUUGUCUGUAACAGGCCAAUCUGUUGAACAUUCGUGCCUUUUGUGAAAGUGGAAUUUUUUCGAUUGGUAUUCCUCUCCACGAAAAUGAUUUAAAACCGCAGUCCAGUGCCUUAUAUACCACUUAUUUGGACUAGAAUGUGAUCGCUUAACCUUUUGAACGGCUGGCGGAACGCUGUUUCCUUUUACUGAAUCAAAUUUUAUAAAUGGCCGCCGACAAAUCCAGUCUGUAUUUGCCAGAACCGUCGUGAGACACAGCAAUACUGAACCGUCAAUCACACAAUUUUGAUCGAAAAUCUGUCAUCUGGCACCAAAAAAAAACGAAAAAGAAAACGCACUUGUUUGUUUCAAAAAGCACCAAAUAGGAAGAAUCUUGUAAAUGAACUGUACUUGAUGUAUCAAUAAGCUCUGCAUUUGAACAGUUGAAUCUAUUUUGCAUUGUUGUUAGUUGUUGUGUUGUCUUUGUUUUAAUAUUCUGAAAAUGGAGCCUGAGGAUUUAUGCAAUCUCGUAAGUGUAUAUGAUGUAUGGAGCUGUUGGAAUUAAGUGAACAUACUAGUGUGUUUGUCGAAGCCGCUCGGUUCCAUAUAUGAUAGAGAAUUUUAGUAGAAAUGUUAUUUUACAUCCCUGAAAUAUUGAAUGUAUUGUUCUAUAAAUUAGAUAUUCAAUAAAUAAAUACUUAGGUCACUGGAUUAUUCUGGAAUUUAAUUAUUUGGAUGUAGCAUUUAGUUGUAAAUUGCUAUUCAAUAAAAUCUAUUAGAACUAAAACAAAUGUAAGUUUUCAAGUUUCUGUUCUGUCAGAAAAGAUUACGGAGAUCGAUCUGCAUUUUAUUCAUUUUACAAUCUGUGGUGUAAACAUUAGUCCACCGUUUUUUGUGGCAAACCGUAGGAAGUCACUGAUAAUUGUGCAAAAAUAUUCUGUUGCUAUAUUGAUAUUUUUUUUGUGUGGUGAACACAAAAUAGGUGUAAGAGUUAACAUUCAUUUCUUUUUCCUUUUUUUUUUCUACAUUGAGGAUUGUGUACUGCAGGUUUUCUCUUAUGUAUUUGCUAGUUUGUUAACACUUGUUAAAUUGUUACACUACAGUUUAUGCAAUGGUUUACAAAAUUUCACAAAGUUAUUUUUAUCAUCUUGAGAAUUAAAAUAAUUUUUUCAUCUGAA